CCUUCUUCACCACUAACCAUUUUCCCCAUGUGGUUGUCGACGGCGGUGGUUUCUUUAAACUGAAAAGGAAAGUAAAGUAUAUACAUAAUAAAAUGGCAUCAAAUGAAUCUGAAACUAUUCCAGAGGAAACUAAAACAACUAGUACAGACCAGGUAAAGACUACUCCAGAAAACACGGAAGCUAAGAAUGCUGAGAAUGACACAUCAGCUGAACCACUUUCAGAUUUAGAUAAGAAAUUAAUUCGGCAAAUCGAAUAUUACUUUGGAGAUGUUAACCUUCCAAGAGAUAAAUUUUUGCAAGAAAAAAUUCCCGAAGAUGAUGGUUGGAUUACACUUGAAUGCUUAACAACAUUCAACAGAGUGAAGAAAUUAUCAACUGAUUUAGCAGAAAUUGCAAAGGCUCUAAAGAAAUCAGAUAGUGGACUCUUAGAAAUAAAUGAUGUUGAUUUUAAAGUCAGACGAUCACCUGAUAAACCUUUACCAGACCAUUCUGAUCCAAUGGUUCGCAAAGCAUCCAAACUAAAAACAUUAUAUAUGAAAGGCUUUCCUGAUACGUACACAUUAGACAACAUACAAGAAUUUUUCGAUAAACUUGAAGUGAAGAGUAUUUUCAUCAAAUUACGUACAAAUGACGAACGCAAGUUUAAAGGAUCGAUAUUCAUUGAAUUUACGACACAAGAGGAAGCUGAGAAACUUCUCAACGAUAAAGAGUUAAAAUGUGAAGACCAACUCUUAGUAGUCAUGACAAGAGAUGACUAUUUCAAAAAAAAGAAUGAAAGUAGAAAGAAUCCUGAAGAUGAACAAAAAAAUGCUGAAGAAGACAGAAAGACACAUAGAAAACCUGGAUGCGCGCUUUAUUUCAAAAAUGUGGGAGAAGGUACAAGUCGAGAGGAUUUAAAGACUUUGUUUGGCGAGCACGAGAAAAUUGCAUGGGUGGAUUUCAACAGAGGAGAGACAGAGGGGUUUGUUCGUUUCCAUGACGAAGGAGCUGCACAAAAAGCAAUCGACGCUGUCAAAGCAGCAAGUGAUGGGAAAAUUAUGAUAAACGGUGUGGAGUCAACGCUUCGAGUUAUAGAAGGAGAAGAAGAGGAAAAUUAUUGGAAGAUGGUAGAUGAAGAUAUGAAAAAGCAAAGACAAAACAGAGGCGGUAGAGGGCGUGAUCGUGGGCGUGGUAGAAGUAGAGGUAGAGGUGAAAAGAAUUUUCGACGAAAACGCCAAUGGGAAGAUGGUAAAAAGGAGGAGUCUGGAGAACAGGCUAACAACGAGCAUAAGCGUUUUAAUGAUGAUGAAACUAAAGCAACCGAGAAAACAUUAGAAAGUGAUGCAAAAAAGGCGAAAGUUGAAUCAGAGCCUUAAAAUGUUACAUGUUAUUUUGUGUUAUUGUUCGUCGUGAAACAAGAGCCUAGCCCUUGACUGUAUUCGUUGUUUUACACCAUAUUUUUACAUUUUAGUGACGAAAAGGAAUAAUUCUUAUA